UCAAUGUAACGAUAAUUGCAUAUAUAGUAUAAGUGUAUGUUGAGUACAGCGGUUGAACAAUAAAAGCUAAAUUCAAGCCGGUGCGAAAGAAGUUAUGUGGCCUUGUUGCAGAUUAAUUUAUAUCCGAUUUCAAUAAAUACGAAGAACGCAAGUCCACAUGUAUUUGCAAUGUAACACAAAGUACAACAAAAUAUUUAUUCUCAAAGUGUUAAUCAAUUGUUUAUGUUUCGUUAAAUGUGAGAUCUAGUGACGAAUAUUUGGGUUUUAUGUUAAAAAAAAAUUCGUCUUUGUUAACAAAAGCUUUGGCGCCUAUUGUCAGAAAAUCGUUUUGCUAAAAGUUUUUAUGUAUAUAUUGUCAAAAAAUGCCAGUUUCUAUUUGUGAUCAACCAGCAGUAAGGACAGCUUUGCUGGAGAGUUUGUGUUCAAGUGAAAACUCACGAGAUCAAUUAGAUCGGAAACUUGUCAUUUCUGCCAAAAGAGUACUCAUGACACACAUCGAAUACGAGGAUUCUGGGACUUAUCAAGCAAAUAAUUUAGAUGCUCUAAAACGUAAAUAUAUUAUACUCAACACUAAUAAAAAAAAUCAGGAAAAAGAGUCUGAAAAUGGUCUGCCAGCACAUAAAGAGGUUUUAUUACCUAAACCUAAAAAGAUUUUAUUUCCAAAAGAAUCAGUUCAGUUGGGAUGGUCAAAUAAUAGACGAUGGAAUCCUGGAUCAGGAAUGGUUAAUAUGGGAAAUACUUGCUACUUAAACUCUACAUUACAAGCAUUAUUCCAUGUUCCUUCUUUAGCAAAUUGGCUUAUUUCUGAUACAGAACAUAGUAGUUCAUGCGAGGACAAUGGAGGUGGUCAAGGGGGAUGUAUCAUUUGUGCAAUGACUAAAACAUUGCUUACCUGUCAAAGUAAUUCUUCUCCUAGUAAACCUUGGUUGAUAUAUUCUAAGUUAAAAAUUAUAUGCCGUCACUUUGUACCUGGUAGACAAGAGGAUGCUCAUGAGUUUUUGCGACAUCUUGUUGAAGCAAUGGAAAAAUCAUAUUUGUCACGUUUUAAAUUAAGCAAAGAAUUUGAUCAAUAUACUAAAGAAACGACACCAUUUAACCAAAUUCUUGGUGGUUAUUUAAGAACCACAGUCAAAUGUUUGCGAUGUGGCCAUGUGUCAAUAACAUUCCAGCAUUUUCAAGACCUGUUGCUAGACAUAAGGAAGGCAAAUACUUUAGAUGAGGCUCUAGAAACAUAUUUUGCCUGUGAAAGAUUAGAGGAUAUGGGAUAUAAAUGUGAAGGUUGCAAACAUAAAGUUUCUGCAACAAAACAAUUCUCCUUAGAACGUUUUCCAAGUGUUCUCUGUAUACAAUUGAAGAGAUUUUCUAUGAUUGGGAAUAAAAUUAACAAACACAUAGAGUUUAGUUCAAAGUUAGAUAUAAGUAAAUUUUAUUGUAAUAGAAAGAUCAUUCCACUGACCUACAGACUUGUGGCAAUGGUUACUCAUAUAGGAUCUUCACAAAACUGUGGACAUUAUACUGCUAUUGGACAGUCUUGUGAUGGGAGCUACUAUCAGUUUGAUGAUAGCUCGGUUCGUUCACUGCCAUUAACUUCAGUUUUAGCAACAAAUGCAUAUAUAAUGCUUUAUGAAUUAGAGAAAACAGCCACAUUAGCCUCUCACACAUUGUCCCCGCAUAGUCUUGCUAAUAAUUCUUCAAAUAAUAAUCAGCAUAAGUUGAUAUCUGCAGUAAACAACAACGAGAAAGUUAAAACCUUCACUCCAACUUUGAAACCAUUUUCUGAUGACAUAGAACUUGUAGAUAAGAAUGGUGAUGAAAACAAGAAAAAAUUUAUAGGUCCAGUGUUACCUCCAGGGUAUAACAGCCAGGAAUUGAGCAAAAGCCAUAAUAAUAAUACUAAAUAUAGUCCAUUAAUACCAAAAUCUCCAGGAUUGCUUUCUAAAUCAAUAAUAACAAAUGGAAGUAAAUUGGUUAAGCCCAGUGUUAGUUUGAAUAGUUAUCAGCAAAAUAAAUCUAUGCCUAUUAUAGACUUGGAGUCAAAUACGAAAAAAAAAUCAACAGCUGAUAUAUUUUCUUCUCAAGGUUCUAAAAACCUAAAUGGUAUAACUUCCUUUAAAUCAGAUAUAAAUAUUACAAAACAACCACAGAUAGAUAGUGUCAAUAAACAAAUACAGCUUUUGAAAGUGAAUGGCCAACCUAGCAACACAACUACCUCAAAUGUUAAAAGUUUAGUUCCAUAUGAUGGGUCAGAUGACUCAAAUUCUGAAGUCGAUAUGGCUAAUAAGAAACAAGAGAUCUCAAUUAUACCUGGUUGGACUGUAUCUAGUACCAAAAAUCCAGCUGCUUUAAGUCCUAGUCUGAAUGGUAAGACUUGCAGAUCUCCAAAGAAGAAAGUGAAUUCGGACAAUGAUAAGAGUCCCAUAAAAAUAGCAGAAUCAUCAGAUACCGUUAGACAAUUGUUACGAAUGUCACACCAAGGAUAUUCAGCUCCAGUUCCUACAUGGAACGGUGAAAGAUCUCAUUUGGAAAAAGAGAUUGCUGAAGAGCGCAGGGAGCAAAGGAAAAGACCUGUUGAUGAAAUAGAUCAAGGAAGAACAAAGAAGGUGAAAUCUUUUCAUUACCAAGGUCGUGACAAUCCUGGUUACAAUCCAUUCCAGGAGUAUCAGAAUUCACGACAAAAUCAAGACUCGAGGUGGCACCAUCAAGGAAAUCAUGGGAGACCUUACAAUAAUCAUCAUCGAAACUCUUACAAUAAUCAUAGAGGUGCCUUUAAUAGGGGGAGGCAUAAGCCUCAUAAUCAAAGGCACGGGUAUUACAGACGCUGAUUUUUAACGAUUUAUAAGGAAAUACAUAUAUAAUUAUUAUUCUGUGAGAAUAUAUAUGCAGAGAAUGUGUUUGUAAUAUAUCAAGCUUGUGCUCUAUAUAUGGACAAAUGUUUAUAU